AAGUAAAAGCUUUCCUUGUCGUAACUAGACGACAUGAGUUGUGAGGCGCUCUGAGUCGAGCUGUGAAGAGCGAGUCAGAUUUUCCAAUAGUUCAUUUAUGAGAAGCACGCGAGCUCCUUUUCUGUCUGCUGGUCUACAGUAGUUUGUAAGUAUGCUGUUGCUCCAGGACAGAAUGAGAAGGACUUGUUUGUCCUGCUGCCUUUUCCUGUUGUUUGUCUGGUACCCAGCGGGCAGCAUUAUGACGGAUCUUGAGCUGGAGGAUUCGGACCGGGACUGGGGUUCUGGAUUACACGAACUCCUAAACAGCUUUCCAGCUGAUAGUCCAUUUGUCAGAGAGACGCCCGGCAAGCCAGCUAACUGCACUCAGCGCUUCUGGCUUCCUCCAUCCUCCCCUGUGUGCUGGGAUGAUAUAGCGGGCCCAGAGGAGUUUGAGAAAUCUCGCCUCCUCGUGCUGCAGAACAGGGCAGCACUGCAGGCUGUAUCCACAUCUAGUGGUCUUGAGGACGGGGGUGCGUCCUUCGAUCAACAGGCCAGGGAGAACAUGCAGGGCGUCCGGGCUGACCAUCUCGCUGUGGCCCAGACCGCCGAUACAAUGCAGAAGGUGUUCACGGAUUUGGAUGAGAAGAGGAAGGAGGGGGAAAAGCCUUAUACCUUCUCAAGUCUGAAGGAGCAAACUGAAAACACGAAAGACUCCAUUGCUAAAAAGGAGCAAGUAGCAGCACUUCUAGAGAAACAUCUUGCCAAUCUGGAGAGGUCUUUGAACACUAUGCAACUUCGACUGGCCAAACUCCGACCCCUGUAAUUUCAUUUGAGCAUCACAACCUACACAUGUGGAAAAUAAUAUAAUGCAUGUUUAUUAUUACUACAUUUUAUCAAACAAACAAGACUUUUAUCCCCAUAUACUGCAUGCCAACAGCACCCUGUAUUUCUCUUUUGGUACGUAUUUUCCUCUUGUUUUUCCACUCCAUUAAGUAAAUGGGAUAAAUAUUAGGUUCUGGCAAUAAAAUCUAUUUUUAUACCCCCA